AGAGCGGUAUUUUGAAAAUACACCUAGUGCAAGGAUGAGAGCCAGUCUUAUAUUCAAGAUCACGUUAUGCGCACUUGCAAUCAGUCUAUCAUGUGGACUCGGCAAUCAGCAACAAGUGUGCCAGCGAAUAUGUGCAUUGUUUCUGACGCCAGAUAGUCCUGUGACGUCACAUGGGAACCAAACUACACAAGGCAGACCCGGUAAACGCGGCGCCCAAGGGUUCAAAGGUGAUAAGGGGGAUAUUGGACCAAAAGGAACCGUUGAUUACGAGAGGGUUGAUGACAUUAUUGAAGCAAAAAUUUCAGCAGCUACCGAUUCUAUGAAAACCAGAAUUGUCAAAAUGUCGGAAAUGAUGGAUCAAAUGAACAGAACUAUCAGCAUGUUGGUGAAACGAAAUUCAGAAGUCUGUGCUGCACUUUUUUACAACGGCAAAUGCUUUCAAGCCAUCUUACACGACGAACAAGACGUAACCAUUUCAGAUGCUACCAAUAUGUGCGAGUCAAAUGGUUGGGAACUUGCUAAUAUUUACUCUGAAAACCACUACAGUCUCGUGAUUGAAUAUCUUCGCCGAAAAUCACGAGAUAUUUUCAUUUGGCUUGGGAUGUCGCACAAUCCAUAUACGGGAAACACGUUUCUCUCGAAUGGGAACCCUGCACCCUAUACGAUGUGGCACUACGGUCAUCCGAUAAAUCUUGAUGAUCAAUAUUUGAUUGGUUUAGUUGUAAAAAUGAACCCUAAAACAGACCUACAAGGGUUGCACACUGCAGAUCGUGGAUGGUACCGCUUAGGGGCCUUUUGUGAAUAUUAGGUGGUGCAAGAACGGGAUUGUUUAAUCAUCAAUAAUAAGUUCAUUUCUAAUCUAUCGAGUCAUUGACAAACUUGCUAUGAAUUGGUCUCUAAUACAAGACUCACUUUACGAAGCAUUUGAAUCGAGAUUAGCCUCCAUCUUGACUGUGACCAACGGUAAUGUUGUAAGACGGUAUACGUUCAUUAGACUUUUUCUUUGACAAAAGUAUUCCACAACAGCAAUCAUUUGCGGCUAUAUUCACUGCAUCCUACUUUUGUUAUUAUUUCUCUAGCUGUAACUAUGUAAUAAAAACUUAUCAUGCUUGUAAUGUUAAUCGUUUUACGGGUGGUAGACCAUGGGUUUAGCGGUUCCUGACCUUCUUCUGAAACGACCCAAUUUGAAAAAAAAUUGUGAAAUCAUAAACGGCAAAUAGUGCUUUUUUCAUCUAAAUAAAAUUGCUAACUUAAAAAAGUUAUUCUAUCAAAUUAAAGAUUUUUGCUGCACUAUCGCCAUAAUGAGUUAAAACUGAGACACAUGGAUCUAGAGUUUCGGAUUCGGUGAAAAUUUACAAUCGAAUACUCCCAACUUCGAAUU